AUGUGCGGCGGCUGCGACGACGACGGGGAGUGGAAGCGCAAAUGGAAGCAAGCAGAAAUGAGUAGGAAAAGGGAACCGACAAAAACAGACGCUUCUCCCGUAGAUUUGGAGGAUCCCACAAAAAAUUUCUGGAAAGACCGAAUACACAUUUUUUUUUACUGUUUUACUUGCGGCACGGAAAUGAAAUCAGGCUCCACGUCGCGGCCACUCCUCCCCUUCCUCCCACAGCCCAACUCCCAUCUGCUCCGCCUCGCCGCAUCCUCUCCAGCCCUUGCCCCCGCCGGCUCCGGCUCCGCCCGCCUCUCUGCGGCCGCGUCCAAAGACGACCACGGUUAUUACGACGCCGAUAUGACUAUCAUGACUCCCGCCCCUCUCGAGGAGAACGACGAGAUGCUUGUUCCCCACCAGGAGCUAGCCACCGCCGAUGCAGACACUGCCCAGCCCAUGGAAGUGGUGGCACAGACGGAAGCGGCAAGCACAGCCGAGAGCCAGCCUUCUGAGGACCCACAGACAUCGCGGUUCACUUGGACAAUCGCAAGUUUUACCCGGCUCAACGGGAAGAAGCACUACUCUGAUGUGUUUGCCGUCGGUGGGUACAAAUGGCGUGUUCUUAUUUUCCCCAAGGGGAAUAAUGUGGAGCACCUGUCAAUGUACUUGGACGUCGCCGACUCGGUCAAUCUCCCAUAUGGUUGGAGCCGUUCUGCCCAGUUUAGCUUAUCUGUUGUAAACCAGAUUGAUCAGAAGUAUACGACACGAAAAGAUACUCAACAUCAAUUUAGUGCACGUGAGAGUGAUUGGGGUUUCACUUCUUUUAUGCCUUUGAGUGAGUUAUAUGAUCCAAGUAGAGGUUACCUUGUGAAUGAUACUAUUGUUGUGGAGGCAGAGGUUGCUGCCCGCAAAAUGGUUGACUAUUGGACAUAUGACUCAAAAAAGGAAACAGGUUAUGUUGGUUUGAAAAACCAAGGAGCGACCUGUUAUAUGAACUCUCUUCUACAAACAUUGUACCACAUACCAUACUUCAGAAAGGCUGUGUAUCAUAUGCCAACCACCGAAAACGACAUGCCAUCUGGAAGUAUUCCCUUGGCUCUGCAAACCCUUUUUUAUAAGCUCCAGUACAGUGACAACAGUGUAGCUACAAAAGAGUUGACGAAAUCUUUUGGAUGGGACACAUAUGAUUCCUUCAUGCAGCAUGAUGUACAAGAGCUCAACAGAGUUCUCUGUGAGAAACUUGAAGAUAAGAUGAAGGGAACUGUUGUAGAAGGAACAAUCGAGCAAUUAUUUGAAGGUCACCACAUUAAUUAUAUUGAGUGUAUAAACGUGGACUAUAAAUCUAACAGGAAGGAGUCCUUUUAUGACCUUCAACUUGAUGUUAAAGGUUGUCGUGACGUGUAUGCAUCGUUCGAUAAAUAUGUUGAGGUUGAACGUCUUGAGGGCGAUAACAAGUAUCAUGCAGAGAAUCAUGGUUUACAGGAUGCAAAAAAGGGUGUUCUCUUCCUCGAUUUCCCCCCUGUUUUGCAACUUCAGCUGAAGCGUUUUGAGUACGAUUAUAUGAGAGAUACCAUGGUUAAGAUUAAUGACCGCUACGAGUUUCCUUUGCAACUUGAUCUGGAUAGAGAUGAUGGCAAGUAUCUUGCUCCAGAUGCAGAUAGAAGUAUAAGAAACCUUUAUACUCUCCACAGCGUUCUUGUUCAUAGCGGAGGAGUACAUGGUGGUCAUUACUAUGCAUUCAUACGGCCAACGCUAGCAGAUCAAUGGUAUAAAUUUGAUGACGAGCGUGUAACAAAAGAAGAUACUAAAAAGGCCUUUGAAGAGCAGUAUGGGGGUGAGGAAGAGUUACCUCAAAUAAACCCUGGAUUCAACAACACUCCAUUCAAAUUCACGAAGUAUUCAAAUGCCUACAUGCUUGUAUACAUCCGUGAGAGUGACAAAGAGAAAAUAAUGUGUAAUGUUGAUGAGAAGGACAUUGCUGAACAUUUAAGGAUAAGGUUGAAGAAAGAACAAGAAGAGAAAGAACAUAAGAAGAAAGAAAAAGCUGAAGCCCAUCUCUAUACCAUCAUAAAGAUUGCCCGGGAUGAGGAUUUAAAGGAGCAAACUGGUAAGGACAUAUAUUUUGAUCUGGUGGACCAUGAAAAGGUCCGUAGCUUCCGAAUACAGAAGCAAUUGCCAUUUAGUACUUUCAAGGAGGAAGUUGCAAAGGAAUAUGGCAUCCCAGUACAGUUUCAGCGCUUCUGGCUGUGGGCUAAGAGGCAAAACCAUACAUACAGACCAAAUCGCCCAUUGAAUCCUCAUGAAGAAACACAAUCUGUGGGGCAACUGAGGGAGAUAUCAAAUAAGGCACAGAAUGCUGAACUGAAGCUGUUUUUGGAAGUGGAAUUUGGACUGGAUUUGCAGCCUCUUCCUCCUCCCGAGAAGAGCAAGGAAGAUAUUCUUCUUUUCUUCAAACUGUACAAUCCCGAAAAAGAAGUGCUUUGUUUUGUGGGGCGGUUCUUUGUAAAGGCCUUGGGGAAACCUUCAGAUAUUUUGAGAAAACUAACUGAAAUGGCUGGGUUUACCCCGGAUGAAGAGAUCGAGCUAUAUGAGGAAAUUAAGUUUGAGCCAAAUGUAAUGUGCGAACAUAUUGACAAGAAGCUUACUUUCCGUGCUAGUCAGCUUGAAGAUGGGGACAUAGUCUGUUUCCAAAAGUCACCUAAAGCAGACAGUGGUACUCAAGUGCGCUAUCCUGACGUCCCUUUGUUUUUGGAGUAUGUUCAUAAUAGGCAGGUUGUGCACUUUCGGUCGUUGGAGAAACCAAAGGAUGAUGAAUUUUGUUUGGAAUUGUCAAAGCUUCACACAUACGAUGAUGUUGUUGAGAGAGUUGCCCACCAGCUUGGGUUGGAUGAUCCAGCGAAAAUUCGCCUUACAUCCCAUAACUGCUAUUCACAGCAGCCUAAACCGCAACCCAUCAGAUAUCAGGGUGUGGAGCAUUUAUUGGACAUGCUCGUCCACUAUAAUCAGACGUCUGACAUCUUGUAUUACGAAGUAUUGGAUAUUCCUUUGCCGGAAUUGCAGUUCCUUAAAACCCUUAAAGUUGCAUUCCACCAUGCUACAAAGGAGGAGGUUGUCAUUCACAGCAUCAGGCUUCCUAAGAACAGCACCAUUGCUGAUGUGAUAAUUGACUUGAAAACUAAGGUUGAUCUAUCCAGUCCCACUGCCGAGCUACGCGUGCUAGAGGUCUUUUACCACAAGAUCUAUAAGAUCUUUCCACUUCACGAGAAGAUAGAGAAUAUAAAUGAUCAGUACUGGACGCUACGUGCUGAAGAGGUUCCAGAGGAGGAGAAAAAUCCCAGUCAGAAUGAUCGCUUAAUCCAUGUUUAUCACUUCGCGAAAGAUUCUCUUCAGAAUCAACAGAUUCAGAAUUUUGGAGAUCCUUUUUUUCUUGCCAUCCGUGAAGGUGAGACUUUAGCGGAAGUAAAGAGCCGCAUACAGAGAAAACUCCAGGUCCCUGAUGAAGAAUUCUCCAAGUGGAAAUUUGCAUUCAUAUCUAUGAAUCGGCCAGACUACCUACAAGAUUCUGAUGUUGUAUCUGCUCGUUUCCAGAGGAGAGAUGUCUAUGGAGCUUGGGAACAAUAUCUUGGGCUGGAGCAUACUGACACUGCACCAAAAAGGGCCUAUACAGCCAAUCAGAACCGUCACACGCAUGAGAAGCCGGUGAGGAUAUACAAUUAG